AAAUUUUCUUUGGAUCGAAAAUUUUGAGUACGAAGAAAUUGAUCCAUUGAGAGGGGAAACAACUCUAAAAGACUUGUUUUACAAACUUAACGUUUGUAAACGUAGAAAAGAUAGUUAUUUACUGACAAUUAAAGCAGGCUGUUAACAGAAUGACUUCAUACAUGGAUCCAGAUAAUGAUCCAUCACUUCAUCGUUUAGAGGGAUCAUCAGGGAACCAGGCUGGAGGGCUUGUUAUCAUGAAAAAGAACCCUGCAUCCCAGACUGACAAACACUCUUUCAAAAAGCCAUCUCUGCUUGGUCUAGACAAACUUGCUGCAGCAAAAAGACAGUCGGAGGAGGAAACAGAAAAUGUUAAAAAGAAGUCAAAGGUGACAUCCUACAGGGAUGAUUAUGAUGAUGACAGCAGUGAUUCUGAUGAUGAAGUUGAAAAUGAAUCUAGAAAAUCUGAUAAGGAUAGAAAGAAGGAAAGACACUACCGACAAUCCAGAAUUGAUACACCAUCUCAUCCUGGAGGUGUAAGUAAUGCGGUAUUAGACCGACGUCAAGACCGGCAUGACAGAGAUAAAGACAAGGGAGUGUAUGCUUCAUCUAAACAUCAUGACAGGGAUAGAAAGAAGGACAGAAAGGAUAGAGAAAGAGACAGGCGACAUGAUAGAGAUAGGGAUAGAGAUAGACGGAAGAACAGAGAUAGAGAUGGGGAUCACCGUAGUGAGAGAGGUUCUGAGCGCAGGGAUAGGAACUCUGAUCGGCGAGAUCGACAUUCUGAAAGAAGUUCUCGCAGCUCUAGAGACUGGAAUGAUACUCCACGCAGGAGAAAUGAGCCUGCAACUCCUAAUAUAAGGCCAAAAGACACGCCAUCUAGAUCUGCAUGGGACGAUGAUGAGGAUUUUACACCUCCAAAACGAUCAAGUUGGGAUAUGUUGACACCUAGUGGAUACGAUGACCGGGAGAGUGACCUUGAUACCCCCUCUGAUUAUAGAAGAUCUAAGAGUUCAAGAUCAAGGAAUUACAGUAAAGAAACACCUUUACCUACCCCGACAUACAAAUACAAUGAAUGGAUGGAUGAUAGAAAGAAAAUAAAAUACACACCUAAAGAUUCCAGCAGACAAGAGAGUGAAGAUUUAGAGUUCAAGGACGACGACGAUAAAGCAGACUGGGAGGAAGAACAGAAGCGACUCGAUCGAGAAUGGUACGGUCUCGAUGAAGGUUACGACGACCAACAUAAUCCAUUCGCUGGCAUGUCAGAGAACUAUACAAAGAAAAAGGAGGAGGAAAUAGAAAAAAGAAAGAAAAAUCGAAUGUCAGCAAGACAACGUCAGAUAAAUCAGGAUAUAGAAAAAUGGGAGACAAACAGGAUGUUACGUAGUGGUGUUGUGGAGAAGUUAAAUUAUGAUGAGGACUUUGAGGAGGAGAAUGAAGCCAGGGUUCAUCUUCUUGUACAUAAUAUAGUACCACCAUUCCUAGACGGGAGAAUUGUGUUCACUAAACAGCCCGAACCUGUUAUACCUAUAAAGGAUCCUACCUCAGACAUGGCAGUGGUAUCUAAGAAAGGUUGUGCUGUAGUCAGGGUACACAGAGAACAGAAGGAAAGAAGAAAAGCUCAGAAAAAAGAAUGGGAGCUUGCUGGAACAAGGAUAGGGGAGAUAAUGGGGGUCAAGAAAAAGGAAGAAGAGGAUGAACGUGAGGAGAAAGACUACAAACAAGACUACAAGUUUGCUGAUUUACUACAAGACAAGACUGACGCUGUCAGUGAUUUUGCUAAGAGGAAAACAAUGUCACAACAGAGACAGUACCUACCAAUCUUUGCUGUCAGGAAUGAGUUACUGAAUAUUAUACGAGAUAACAGUGUUGUGAUCAUUGUUGGAGAAACAGGAUCAGGGAAGACAACACAGCUUACACAGUAUUUACAUGAAGAUGGUUACACAAAGUAUGGUAUGGUAGGCUGUACACAACCUCGUAGAGUUGCUGCUAUGUCCGUUGCUAAGCGUGUAUCCGAGGAGCUGGGAGUCAAACUUGGAGAUGAGGUCGGCUAUGCUAUGAGAUUUGAGGACUGUACCAGUGAGAAUACAAUGAUCAAGUAUAUGACAGACGGUAUAUUGUUACGUGAAUCUUUGAGGGAGUCAGAUCUGGAUCAUUACAGCGCUAUAGUGAUGGACGAAGCUCACGAACGUUCCCUCAACACAGAUGUACUGUUCGGACUGUUAAGAGACGUAGUUUCUAGAAGACAGGACUUAAAGUUGAUUGUAACCUCGGCAACUAUGGAUGCUGGAAAAUUUGCUCAGUUCUUUGGCAAUGUGCCAACGUAUACAAUUCCGGGAAGAACGUUUCCUGUGGACAUCCUGUAUGCCAAAAAUCCCGUGGAAGACUAUGUUGAUGCAGCUGUCAAACAAGCAUUACAGAUCCAUUUAAUGGGGCUUGAAGGUGAUAUCUUAGUGUUCAUGCCAGGUCAAGAGGAUAUUGAAGUCACAUGUGAGUUAUUGGGAGAGAGACUAGAAGAAUUAGAUGAAGCUCCUCCCCUAGCAAUUCUACCCAUAUAUUCCCAGUUACCUAGUGAUCUCCAGGCGAAAAUUUUCCAGAAAGCUCCAGAUGGAAUAAGGAAAUGUAUUGUAGCCACAAAUAUUGCUGAAACAUCACUCACAGUUGAUGGAAUCAUGUUUGUAGUGGAUUCGGGUUACUGUAAACUUAAAGUGUUCAAUCCUAAAGUCGGUAUGGAUGCCCUUCAAGUGUUUCCUAUUAGUCAGGCAAAUGCCAAUCAGAGGUCAGGGAGGGCAGGAAGAACAGGUCCAGGACAAGCUUACAGAUUAUAUACAGCCAGGCAGUAUAAAGAUGAACUUCUCACGAUGACCGUCCCUGAAAUACAACGUACAAACCUCGCCAAUGUUGUACUACUGUUGAAAUCCCUUGGUGUCCAGGAUCUGCUGCAGUUCCAUUUCAUGGACCCACCACCUCAGGAUAACAUAUUAAACUCCAUGUACCAGUUAUGGAUCUUGGGAGCAUUAGACAAUACAGGGGCGUUAACUCCGAUGGGAAGAAAUAUGGUUGAGUUCCCACUAGAUCCAGCCCUCUCCAAAAUGUUGAUCAAAUCUCUUGAGAUGGAGUGCAGUGCUGAAACUCUCAUAAUAGUGUCUAUGUUGUCUGUACCGGCAAUAUUUUACCGACCAAAAGGGCGGGAGGAAGAAUCUGAUGCUGCCAGGGAGAAGUUUCAAGUUCCCGAGAGCGAUCAUUUAACCUACCUCAAUGUGUACUUGCAGUGGAAAAGAAACGGGUACUCAAGUUCCUGGGCAAACACUCAUUUCAUUCAUAUAAAGGCUAUGAGAAAGGUACGAGAGGUUAGGCAGCAGUUAAAGGAAAUAAUGGACGCGCAGAAGAUGGAGUUGAUAUCAUGUGGUAACGAAUGGGACAUUGUCCGUCAAUGUAUCUGCUCUGCUUACUUCCAGCAGGCUGCUAGGCUAAAGGGUCUAGGUGAAUAUGUGAACACUCGUACCGGAAUGCCGUGCCAUCUACAUCCAACAAGUGCCUUAUUUGGUAUGGGAUACACCCCAGACUAUAUAGUAUAUCAUGAACUUGUGAUGACCUCUAAGGAAUACAUGCAGUGUGUUACAGCAGUAGAUGGUCACUGGUUAGCUGACCUUGGUCCUAUGUUUUACAGUGUUAAAGAUUCUACUAAAUCUAGACAGGAGAGAAAGCAGCAGACGAUAGAGGAGAUGGGACAGAUGGAGGAUGAGAUGAGGAGAGCGGAGGAUCUGAUCAAGAUGAGGAAAGAACACGCAGAGAGGAAGGCACUUGGUUCUAAAAGAGCGCAGAUUGUAACCCCAGGGAGGAAAGAGCCUGGCACUCCAGCAUCUACUCCAAGAAGAACACCGAAGUUUGGCAUCUGAUUUCAUUCUUUAGUAGAAAUACAAUAGGAAUUUGAAAAAUGAGAUGGCAUUCAUGAACAAACCUGGUUUUCAGAUUAUUGAAAAGGAAAUGAAGGAAUUUGAAAUUCCAUGAGAGGGAAAUGAAUGCUGAUUUUGAUAUCUGUUAAAGGAAAGAGAAUGAAGAAUCUAAAUACAGUUUGAAAAUAUUUUACAGGGUAGAGAAUAACUUUUGUAAACUGAAGGCGAAGGAAGUGAAUUAUUAUGAAUUCAUUAUGAUUUUCGAAAAUGGCUAAAAGGAAGUCAACUAUGAACUCAUUAUAACUUUAAGUAUCUGUAAGGGAGGUGAAUAAUGAUAAAUUUUAUGUAAUUUUAAAAUUUCCCUAAAAGGGAAGUGAAAAACAAAUUGCUAAUAACAUUGAAAUACCUGAAAAGGAAAUUCUUAAUAACAUUGACAGGGAAGUGAAUCACGAUUUACUAAAAAUAACAUUGAAAUAUCUGAAAGGGAAGUGAAAAAAAUGCACUGUACGAGUAUAUUGACAUUCUGUCAUUCAAAAAGUAGACAUUACUGAAUUACAGUAAAAGAAUAGCAUACAGGAUGCUUUUAAAAUGUACUAUUAGAGAAAAUUAUAUCAUGGCUGGAAUUUCUUGAAAAAUAACUUGCAUAAUUAACUCUAUAUAUUGUAUGUGUAUAAUUAUAUAAAUAUAAUUAAUGCUAUAUAUAGUGUAUAUAUAAACAAAGGAUUGUUUUUGUAUGCAAUGUUUUUAUGAUGUAUAUUGAGGUACAUUUAGACUGCUGGUCAGUAACUAUAAAAUAGUUCAUCAGUAUUGCACAUAGUGCAUUUACAAUAUAUGUAAUUUUAUUUGGGCUUGCACGGUUUGAUCAUUUAUUGCGCUGAACAAAGUUUACGUUGUAAAGUCAAAUAUGUCAUAAUUAUCAGCUCCAUUUUUACUGGCAGACUGAGAGUAGUAUAAAAUAAAGUUAAAUUUAAAUGGGAAUUAAAUUCAGCUAAAAAAAUUGUAUUUUUUUUUAAAAUGUCUUUCACAAAGAUUAUUUAGCACAUACUUUGAGGUAAACAAACAAACAAUUUAAUAUAAUAC